UAGUAAGACAAUUUUUCUGGUAAUUUAUUUAUUUUUGGUGAUGUAUAAACUUGAAUACCUUAUGGUUUGCUAUUGACACACCCAAAUAUCUGUAUUGUGAGGCAAAGGGUUUCUAUCCUACUUGAGAACUAAUGAACCAUGAAAGUGACUGUUUUGAAAAUCCAAUAUAAUUUGACAGUAAAAUAAGAAACUGUGUUGAUUUGAACAAUGAACUUUAACAAUUCAAACAAUAACAACAACAACAAAAACAAACAGUGUCUUGAUAAUUGGAAAUUAAUUUCUCCUGUCUUGAAUAGACAACUCCUUUCAUGUGAACAUGUGAACUCCUUUCAGAAACAUGGCAUGAAGCUAUUUGCCUUUGGUCUGGUCUUCAAACUUUCUCCCCCAAUUUUCUUCCCUCACAGAUCUGCUGUGUAUAGCACUGCAUGUGGUAGUAUUUUCUGCUUUUCAGAUACUGUCUUCACAACAUUUGCCAGGUCAUCAUAAAGCUCCCACACAGAUGGAGCUCUCCGGCAGUAUGCAGUAUAAUGUCCCAGGCCAUCUUUGGUCAAGCUUCCCCUGAAAGCAAUGACCUCUCUCAAAUGGUCGGAGGCAGGGAGACGGUGGAAGGAAGAGUCCUUUUUCUACUGAAGUGCCAAGCUGAGCCAUGCCAGAAUUCUUCAGGACAGAAAUGUCAGGUGAAACAAAUGGUACUUCCCUGGUCAUUCCUUUGUUUAGGUAGCAGUAUUGUGAAGAGCAGUGUUUUGAUAGGUAAACGCUUGAUACAUUUCUCAUUGUCUUCCCAAUAACAGUGGCAAUAUUGCACUGGGCAUCGAUUUGGUGGGUACCAGACCUCAACUUUGUUUUUGCAAACAUUGAACUAAGUAGAUCUGCCCUCUGCAAGUAUGUCUUUGGGGUCACACCAUCUGUAGUUAUGGAUUUCACCAGCUGCAAGAGUGUGUUAUCACUGUCAUUCAUGACAACAUUUUGAAAUGCAGAGCUGUCACAGAAAGUACAGCAUAAGCACUGACAAAGGGCAUCAAAGGAACAGAUGAUGAAUCUGCGUGGAGCCAUUCAAUGCAGGAACUCAGAGCAAAUCCGCAUAUUUCCUUCGAUGAAGGAAAGAUGCCGAGAAAUGAAGCAAUCGACUCGCAUGGAUCAGCCUCCAUUUUGAGCUGCAGGAUGGAAAUAACUUGCUGACUUGUUACUAGAGAAGAUGAAAGAUCAGGACAGAGCAGAACCUCCAGGACCCAUCAGUCCAUCUAUGAGGAGUGAUUGGUCCAAAGGUGAAGCUCCAGAGUUCAGUAAUGAACCUGAACCAUCAGACAGAAAGAGCAGCUUUGGUGAGGAGGAGCAUCCAUCCUGCUGUGCUUUGGGUCAGAAUGUUCUGAUGGAUCCGGUCUGUACCAUCUGCCCCCAGUGUGGGAAACGACCCAGAACAGAAUCUGGACUGCUGACAGCCAAUCAGAGCAGCUGUGCUCCAGGCCAGAAGAUGGAAGAUCAGGACAGAGCAAAACCUCCAGGACCCAUCAGUCCAUCUAUGAGGAGUGACCGGUCCAAAGGUUGGGAUCCAAACUUCAGUAAUGAACCUGAACCAUCAGACAGAAAGAGAAGCUUUGGUGAGGAGGAGCAUCCAUCCUGCUGUGCUUUGGGUCAGAAUGUUCUGAUGGAUCCGGUCUAUGGGAAACGACCCAGAACAGGAUCUGGACAGCUGACAGCCAAUCAGAGCAGCUGUGCUCCAGGCCAGAAGAUGAAAGAUCAGGACAGAGCAGAACCUCCAGGACCCAUCAGUCCAUCUAUGAGGAGUGACCGGUCCAAAGAUCGUCCUCCAAACUUCAGUAAUGAACCUGAACCAUCAGACAGAAAGAGAAGCUUUGGUGAGGAGGAGCAUCCAUCCUGCUGUGCUUUGGGUCAGAAUGUUCUGAUGGAUCCGGUCUGUACCAGCUGCCCCCAGUGUGGGAAACAACCCAGAACAGGAUCUGGACGACUGACAGCCAAUCAGAGCAGCUGUGCUCCAGAUUUUGUUGGUCAGUAUCAGCCUGACCUUAAAGAAUAUCUGAAGAAGAAGUUCCAGAGUCUCUCUGAAGGCGUCGCUGAACCUGGAAAUCAAACCGUUCUGAACCAGAUCUACACAGAGCUCCACAUCACAGAGGGGUUAACUAGAGAGGUCAACCAGGAACAUGAGGUCAGACACAUUGAAACAGCAUCCAGGAAACAAGAAACAAUCAGAAGAGAAGACAUCUUUAAAGUCCCAUCUGGAAGAAAUCAACCAAUCAGAACAGUGAUGACCAUGGGAGUGGCUGGCAUUGGGAAAACACUGUUAACACAGAAGUUCACUCUGGACUGGGCUGAAGGCAAAACCAACCAGAACAUUGAUUUCAUAUUUCCAUUCACUUUCAGAGAGCUGAAUAUGUUGAAAGAAGAAAAGUUCAGCUUAUUAGGACUGAUUCAUAAAUUAUUUUCUAAAACCAAAGAAAUCAGCAGCUUUGAAACGUUCCAGGUUCUGUUCAUCUUUGAUGGUCUGGAUGAAAGUCGAUUUACUCUGGAUUUCAAGAACAAUCCGAUCCUGACUGAUGUUACAGAGUCCAGCUCAGUGGAUGUUCUGGUGACAAACCUCAUCAGGAGGAAACUGCUUCCCUCUGCUCUCCUCUGGAUAACCACACGACCUGCUGCAGCCAAUCAGAUCCCUGCAACGUUUGCUGGCAUGGUAACAGAGGUCAGAGGGUUCACUGACCCCCAGAAGGAGGAGUACUUCAGGAAGAGAUUCAGAGAUGAUGAAGAGAAGGCCAGCAGGAUCAUCUCCCACAUCCAGAAAUCAAAAAGUCUCCACAUCAUGUGUCACAUCCCAGUUUUCUGCUGGAUCACUGCUAAAGUUCUGGAGGAUGUGAUGAAGACCAGAGAGGGAGAAAAACUGCCAAAGACUCUGACUGAGAUGUACAUAGCAUUCCUGGAGGUUAACUUCGCAAUCAAGAAGGAAAAGUAUGAUGGAGGAAAAAAGACAAGAUCAAUCUGGAGUCCAGAGAACAAGAAGCUGAUUGAGUCUCUAGGAAAACUGGCUUUUGAGCAGCUGCUGGAGGGAAACCUGAUCUUCUAUGACGAAGAGCUCAAAAAGUGCGGCAUCAACAUCAAAGAUGCUGCGUUGUUCUCAGGAGUGUUCACUGAGAUGUUUAAAAGAGAGAGAGGGACGUGUGACAUCUCCGUCUACUCCUUUGUUCAUCUGAGCAUCCAGGAGUUUCUGGCUGCAGUCUACAUGCUCCACUGUUUCACCAGCAGGAAGUCAGAGGUGAUCAAGACGUUUCUGGGAGAAAAAUACAGAGAAACAUCUCUAGAUGAGUUCAUGAAGAAAGUCAUGGAGAAAUCCCUCAGCAGUAAAAAUGGCCACCUGGACCUGUUUGUCCGCUUCCUUCAUGGUCUCACUGUGGAGUCCAACCAGAGACUCUUAGAAGAUCUGCUGGGUCAGACAGAGAACAGUCCAGAAACCAUCCAGAGAAUCAUCACCAACCUGAAGGAGAUGAACACUGAUAGAAUCUCUCCUGACAGAAUCAUCAACAUCUUCUACUGUCUGGUGGAGAUGAACGACGUCUCAUUUUAUCAGGAGAUCCAACGGCUGCUGGAUUCAGGGAAGAAGCUCUCAGAGACUGACUGUUCAGCUCUGGCCUUCAUGCUGCAGAUGUCAGAGGUUCUGGAUGAGUUGGACCUGGAGAAGUACAGCACAUCACAUUAUAGACGACUGACACUGUUUCCAGCUGUGAGGAACUGCAGAAAGGCUCGACUUGGUGGCUGGUUUUUCCAAAAGGCUGAAUGUGAAGUUUUGGCCUCGGCUCUGAAGUCCAACCCAGAUCUGACUGAACUGGAAAUAAAUCAGAUCUACAUAGAUGAAGGUGGAGAAUCUGAUCUGAAGCCUCUGGUUGAGAUCCUGGAGAGUUCAGUCAGUAAAGUGAAGAAUCUGAGAUUGAUGGACUGCAGUUUGUCAGAGACCAGCUGGACUUCUCUGUUCUCAGCUCUGAAGUCCAACCCGACCCAUCUGACAAAACUGGACCUGUACAGAACCAACCUGGGAGAUUCUGGAGUGAAGGAGCUCUGUGGUUUUCUACAGACUGAAGGCUGCAGACUGGAGACAUUGUUAUUGAGGGGCUGCAGUUUGUCAAAGAUCAGCUGUGAUUAUUUGGCCUCAACUCUGAAGUCCAACCCGACCCGUCUGACAGAACUGGACCUGAGAGGAAACAACCUGAAGGAUUCAGAUGUUCAGCAGCUGAAGAAUCUUGUAAAG